AUGCCCGCCGUCAUCAUUUCAGCCAAUCUCCCAACCCUCCGCCCUGCUCUCCACCUCAUAGCACGCUUGCUGGUUGUUGACGGCAGUGUUAUGGAUGAUUCGGACUCGGUGUCUGUACAGACUCGCAUGGAUGCUGUGUUCAGGCCUAGCUAUGAUCGCGCGAAAACGUACACUAAUGUGAAGGGUCAGAAGGUUAGUGGUCGUCGCUCUGACGAGGAUCAGAUUCCCCUGUCUGAGAUUAAAGUGGAUAAGGAGUUUACGCAGACUACUACUGGCUGA